AACCAGAAAUGAAAAAGACUUCAUAAAUCCUAAUCAACUGACAACCUUAUUUGAAUGAUAAUAAAAUAAAUCCCAUGUCCCAACAAUCCGCAUUACGGUCAAAUUACAUGAUCCAACCUUAUUUGAACAAAUCCCCAAGUCUCAAAGACGCUCAACAUCCAACACCCUGACAUGAAAAGGACUUCACUCAAAACCACCAAAUUAGCCCGCACGGCUCUCUCGCCCUUUUCUGCCUUCGCCCCACAAAACAUUUCUACGUUUCCUUUCUUUCUUCUUCCUUCUGUCUUGGAUGAUCAAAAUCUAACCCAAUUCUGUCUAAUCCAACUCCAAAAUCUCCAAAUUCUCGAGGGCAAAUGAAAGAGAUUACAAACUUGAAUUCUCGUAAUCUAAUCAAACAAUCAUCACCUUCACCGGCUCAAAUUAUCCAUCCCCAGCGCCCCAUACGUAAAGCCAAUUAGGACCCGUCUCCACCUCCAGCAGCUCAUCAUCAUCUCCUCCACCUCGAAGCUUCAAUCAUCUUUCUCAGUUUCAAGAUAAAUCCAUGCAAAACUUCCCUCUUGUUACUAGGUAUAAUAAAACCAUAGGAAUCAAUAAAUAUACUACAUAUUUGAUCUCUAGUUCCUCCUCUUCAUGUGUAAAUCGAAGAAGCAACUAAGCCAGGAUGUGAUUGAGCCCUCCACCAUGCCCAGAAAUUCAUCUUCUCAGCGAUCAAACAAGUCAUCCCACAAAUCCUCCUCCUCCUCGUUUGCAGAACCUUCAUCGUCCCUCAGCAAUUACGACAAAUCCAUCCCCAGCACCGGAUCCAGCUACUACAACCGAGAUUCAUGGCUGACCACCUCCAAUUCCAGCUCCGGGAAUCCUCCCUUAACCCGACUCCGCGAUAAUCUUCCCGAACGAACCCACGUCUACGACAUAUCCGAGAUCUCCGCCGCAACCAACAACUUCAAGCUAAAACCCUUCAACUCUUCCUCCUCCUCCACCUCCUGGCGCUGCACUAUUCGCGGCCAGAACGUCAUAUUAAUCCAACGCAAGUUUCGCCGCCCCAUGAACGUCUCAGAACUCGUCGACCGCUUAGCAUUAAUAUGCCGGAGCCACCAUUCUAGCUUGGUUCGGCUCAAGGGCGCCUCGAUUUCUGGGAAUUAUAUUUAUCUAGUCUACGACUACAUCCAAGGUGGAAACCUCGCCGACUGUUUAAGAAACCCCAAAAACCCUCAUUUUACAGUGCUUUCUGAUUGGCUGUCCCGCGUGAAGAUUGCCGGUGACAUUGCUCAUGGGCUCGAUUACAUCCACCAUUCAACUGGGUUGGGUUUCAAUUUUAUCCACAACCAUAUUAAGGCCUCGAGCAUUAUCCUUACACCCACUUUGGAUGCAAAAAUAUGCCAUUUCGGGACGGCCGACCUCUGCGGGGAGAUAACAAUGGACAGGGAUGACGAGGACAACGAUAAGCUGGGGUCGACGAAGAGUAAGGGUAAAAUGGAGUACAAAAGAUCGGGGAGCGGGCGGAUGAAGUUAGAGGGGACUAGAGGGUAUAUGGCGCCGGAGUAUCGAGACACCGGGGUGGCUACCGAAAAGUCUGAUGUUUAUGCAUUCGGGGUGGUGAUUUUGGAGCUGCUUUCGGGGCAGGAGGCGUUGAAGUAUAGGUUUGAUGAGGAAAUGAGAGGCUAUGUGAGGGAUUCGGUGAUCGAGGCGGCCAAGGAGGCGCUGGAGGAAGGUGGCGGAGGGGUGAGGAAGUGGGUGGAUAAGCGGAUGAAAGAUUCUUAUCCGGUGGAGGUUGUGGAAAAAUUGACAAGGUUGUCGUUGGAAUGUGUUGCGGAUGAUCCGAAUAAGAGGCCGGAUAUGGGUCGGGUUUUUGUUUGCAUAUCCCAAUUGUAUUUGGAUUCACAAACUUGGGUCGAGAAGAUGGGCGGGCUGCCCGUCGACUUUUCGCUGUCUCUUGCACCCCGGUGACUGAAUGUCUCCUCUUCUUUUUCUUUUUUUUUUUUUUGACUGAGAAGAUAUCUUGUUUUAUUUGCUAUAGGUUUUUCGAGGAAUUAAGGUAUAGAAACAUUGGUUAGUUUUGGUGUAAAUAGAUUCUUUACGACAUACAAAUUAUUAUUUCCUGAGAAGCAGCUCGAUUUUGAUAAUAUUACUAAUUUUUCCUUUGAGGUUCA